AUGACAACCGGGCAUCGCGGAACUGCCGAAUGUAUAAGCAUACAGAACAUGAACAUCAUCCACAUGGUGACGCGAGUAAGCGACUUUGGUGUGGGAUGUGUGACUGUAACAACAAAUAGAAUUGUAAGUAUUGAAAGAUGGAGGAUGAAAGCAUCACCAACCCUCCUCCGAUUUCCUUACUUUGACUUGAAAAUUUCCUCAUUCUCAUCUUCUUCCUUUCAUGGAUGCUCCCCUUCGCGAUCGUCUUGGACAUUUCCAUUACGGUUCAACAUCAGGAAUAGUUCCAAUACGAAAACCGUCGUUAGUAUCAGCACCACCAAGAGGCGACGACACACCGGCACCGACAACAACUACAACAAAAAACUCGGAUGUAAGAAUAUCUCCCGUACGAAAAUCAACUAUAAACCUGUGGUGGAUGAUAAUUACUUAGAAAUCAGAGGAAAGCAGGUAGAUAGAACCGAAGAUAGACCAGUCAACUUGCGUAGUUUAUCUCAAAAUGGUGAUCCUCUUGGCCGGAAAGAUUUGGGGAAAUCUAUGGUCAAAUGGAUAAGCCAGGGGAUGAAGGCAAUGACUAUCGAUUUUGGGGAGGCAGUGUUGUAG